CGCUGACGAAACUCGGAGCCAGCUCAGCUCUGAUUCUUCCGCCAGUUUACUAACAAAUACUUGCUGUUUAUACUGGAUGUUAUUGCAUUUGGAGGGAAUGUAUACAUGCCUUAUGGGGACCACCGCAAAGGAUGAUGUCACUUGUACCACCUCUUCACUACUCCAGAGAGAAAAACUGAGGAAACACCGGGGACCGCUCGUUUCUUGACGCCCAAGAUCAACAAUGAAAAUCAUGACGUUCCAGAGAAGCUGGAGAAUGGCGGCCAUUCUUGCCCCAGUCACCUUUAUCUGUGCCUUUCAUGUUACUGCAGCCCUUGAGAUCCCGCUGGAAGUUUUAGGUCAUGUCAACAUUGAGCAGCUGCCCACCAUCACCGCCCAGUCGCCAAGCUCCCUGAUAGCCUUCCCGUUUGAUGAGAGUUAUCCCAUGACGUGCGAGGCCAAAGGGAAUCCCCAGCCGGAAUUCCGAUGGAUGAAAAACGGCCAAGAAUUCGACCCCUCUUCCGACCCCCGGCUGAUGAAAGAAGAGGAUUCCGGGACUUUUGUCAUACCCAAUAACGGCAACCUGACAGAGUACCAGGGAACGUAUCUCUGUUACGCCUCAAACAAACUGGGGACGGCCACAUCGAAGGAGAUUGAAUUCAUCGUCCCUCAUGUCCCAAAGUUUCCAAAAGAAACGCUUGAUCCUGUUGUGGUGGAGGAAGGCCAGCCUUUUACUUUAAAAUGCGACCCGCCCAAAGGAAUACCCCCUCUGCAGAUCUAUUGGAUGACUAUCAACCUCCAACAUAUCGAGCAAGACGAGAGGGUGUCAAUGGGCUUGAAUGGAGAUCUGUACUUUUCACACGCGGUGGAGAAGGACAGCAGGAGGGACUACUGUUGCUUCGCCGCCUUCCCAAGAAUUCGAACCAUCGUUCAGAAGACAGCCAUGUCGGUCGUUGUCAAGACAAAAAAAAGUCACGGCAUGAGUCCUGAAUCUGCCAAUGCCAUCCUCCAGCGGAGGCCCUUGCUUAUGACGCCCUCUGGUGUCAGAACAGUGAAACAUCUUGUCAGGGGAGAGGACUUGAAACUGGAGUGCAUUCCUGAGGGAUUUCCCACUCCGCAGGUGGAAUGGAUCAAAAUAGGCCAUAAGCUUCCAACGAAAGCCAAACUGGAGAGCCAUGGAAAGCUGCUGAUUGUGCCAACUAUUGAACAAGAAGACAGCGGCAAGUACAUGUGCAAGGCGAAGAACAAACUUGGAGAAGUGAUCCAUUACUUCACAGUCACCGUUGAAGAGCCUCCGGAGUGGCUGUUGGAGCCCGAGAGUCAGCUCAGUAUGAUUGGCUCCGAUGUGCUCAUCAAGUGCUCGGCGACUGGGACUCCGCAGCCAGCGAUAACUUGGAGGGUGAAUGGGCUGCCUCUGCAUGAAGCCCCCGCAGCGAACAGGAAGGUGUUUGACGACACCAUCGUUUUGCACAACGCCAAAGCAUCCGACAGUGCGGUCUAUCAGUGCCAAGCGUCCAACCGACACGGAACCCUCCUUGCGAACGCAAACAUCAUGGUCAUGAAUCUGCCUCCAAUGAUUCUCACAAAGGAGGGCGAGGAUUACACCGCCGUCGAUGGGAGGGGAGUGAUGAUGCACUGCAAUGCCUUCAGCUCUCCGCCCUCCACAAUCACUUGGAGCAAGGAUGAGUCCUCUGAAUCGCUGGUGGGGCCGAGAUUUACCGUGCAUGGCAAUGGCUCAUUGGAGAUCUACAGAGCAGAAAAAGAGGACACGGGACAGUAUACAUGUUACGCCAAAAACACAGAAGGGACAUCUGCCAUCGAAGCUUCGCUUUACGUGAAAGAUCCCACGAGAAUAACAGUGGCCCCGGAAGACCAGCAGGUCCUCAUCGGCACCACGGCCCAGCUCUCAUGCCUGGCACAAUACGACAAGUCCUUCAUCAACGACUUUCGGCUCCUGUGGCAAAAGGACGACGCGGACAUGGGCUUCAAUUAUACAGAGAGUUCAAGAUACUUUGUAGAGGACAGCAACCUUCAAAUUUUCAACGUAAGCCACGGGGACCAGGGUGUGUACAAAUGUGUAGCGAGAACUCCGGUGGACGGGGCCACGGCGUCGGCGUUGCUCAUGGUGCUAGAUGUCCCUGAUGCACCGGAGCACUUGGUCCUGUCAGAACACAAGACCAAAAGUGUGAAACUGAAAUGGACCCCGGGGGACGAUCACAACAGCUCAACCACAGAGUUUAUUAUUCAAUACGAGGAGAGCCAGUGGGAGCCUGGAAAUUGGAAGGAGCUGCUCAGGGUACCUGGCAAUCACGCUUCGUCCGUCCUCAAACUACACGGUCACGUCGACUACCGUUUCCGUGUGGCCGGGGUUAACGGCGUCGGGAGGGGUCCUCCCAGCGAGCCCACGGAGAGAUACAAAACCCCUCCGACAGCUCCUGACAAGAACCCGGAAAAUAUCAAAAUCGAAGGUCAUUUGCCGCAUGAAAUGGAUAUCAACUGGGAGCCCUUGUUGCCGAUUGAACACAACGGGCCAGGUCUUGAGUACAAAGUGAGCUACAGGCGGCAGGACUUGGAGGAGGAUUGGAAGGAACACGUCGUGAAGAGACACUCGUUUGUGGUGGCAAACACGCCCACUUUUGUGCCCUACGAGAUCAAGAUCCAAGCCAGGAACAAUCAGGGUUGGGGCCCCGAGCCAAACGUGGUGACCGGCUACUCCGGCGAAGAUUUUCCGUCCGCCGCGCCCGACGAUGUAGCUGUGUUGGUGAUGAACAGCUCAGUGGUCAAGGUCAGCUGGACCCGUGUAAACAAGGACAAGUUGCGCGGACAUCUGGGAGGCUACAGGAUCAACUGGUGGCGUUUGCGCAGUUUGUUGGAUUUGAAGAAAAGCCACGGAGACAAACACACGUUGACGUUACCUGGCGACCGCAACCACGCCAUCGUGCCCAGACUCCAGCCCUUCUCCGAGUACAGUCUCAUUGUCAUGACCUUCAACGGUCGCGGCAACGGGCCUGGCAGCCAUCCUGUCAACUUCAAGACCCCGGAGGGCGUCCCUGAGAAAAAUCCAGUUUUCAAGGUGACAGAAACACAGAGGCACACUGUCUCUCUGGCUUGGGCCCCACCAGCGGAGCCCAAUGGCGUUCUGACAGGAUAUCUCUUAGAGUAUCAGCUAAUUAACAACACAGAGGAAGUCGGGCAACUGCAGACCAUCGACAUCAACAAACCCGGCACGACCAAGUGGACCUUGCGGGACUUGGAGCCUUUAAGCAAAUACAAGUUCCACCUGCGUUCCUGCACCACGGUGGGCUGCGGGCCCGUUAUCAGCGAGGAGAGCACCACCACCCUUGAAGCAAGUCUUGCCAGCAUCCACGGAGGAAUAUCUAACCAGGGCUGGUUUAUUGGCCUGCUGUGCGCCAUUGCUCUGCUCACCCUCAUUGUGCUGAUCGCCUGUUUUGUCAACAGGAAUAAAGGAGGAAAAUAUUCAGUAAAGGAAAAGGAGGACCUUCAUCCAGACGUGGAGUCCCAGGGUAUGAAUGACGACACAUUCUGCGAAUACAGUGACAAUGACGAGAAGCCACUAAAAGGCAGCCAGCGCUCCCUGAGCAAAGAGAUCAAAGCGGGGGACAGCGGGGACAGCCUGGUAGACUACGCGGAAGAAGACACUCACUUCAACGAAGACGGCUCCUUUAUAGGCGAGUACGCGGGCCGUAAGGAGAAGAGGAUGUCAUCUGAGAUCAAAGCCACCACUCAGAGCCUGGCAUGAGCAGCCCAACAUCUUCCAGCGUGCACACUCUUUUCAUUAAAACCUGCUCAGCGGGGACCAAUGCAAGCCAACAUGCGCAAUAGUGAAGCGGAGCACAUGUUUCAUGGCAAAUGCAACACGUCAUUGCAAUGGCACUGCCAUCUUCAUUUUCUGUUUGUUUGGUUGCAGCUCAAUGACCCUUAAUAAAUACUCCCGGGUAUUUAUUUACAGUCGACUCUUGCACACUCGCGGUUCACCACCUGCAGAUUCUCAUUUUUGUUUCCAGUUUCCGAUGUUUCUUGGAGGAAAUGUAGAGCAAGUGUUUAUCAGUGGUUUUUUUGAGGGGUGGGGGGAAGAUUUUCCCUAUUCGUGGUCCCGGUCCUGAUCCCUUGCGAAUAGCACAGGUGUGUAUAUUAUUUCUCUCUCUCUCUCUUUCUCUCCUAUAUAUGUAUAUAUAUAUUGUGUUUAUUACACUGUAUGUGAAGAGUGUCUUUUUAUCAUUAUCAUGACUACAAUAAAAUGUCGAGGCCUAGUUUUUAAUUAUUGUGAUGGGGUCUACACUAAACUCAGCUCCCUGCGGGAAUUUUGCCCUCAAUGGGCCAGUGACUUCCAGUGCAUCUGCCCAAAUUUCUGCUGAAUUCGUGCACACGCACAUUUGAAUGGCAAAUCUGUUUUUCGGGCCUACUUGUGCCUACUUGUGAAUGAUCUCGGAUCCGCUCACCCGAUGCAUACGCACAAAUAGUGAUGGACCAGCUUUAAAAACAACACCAACAAAAAAAUAAUAAUAAUCAUAAGCAUGACGUCGAAUGGAUGCCUGUUUAUCGAGGAAAUAGGGGCGGAGCUAAUGCAAAUUCGAGUACAGCAGCCACAAGACAUCUUGUCAAUGAAUUCUGCUUCGACAUGCACAUGGGCCCACCGAAGGCAUAUUGGGCCCAUCCGCAUGUGCCGUGAUUCUGAUGGCGCUUUUGCGUAUUGGCUCAACUUGUGCGCAGAGUAAUAACAUUUCGAUGCAUUUAGUCGUGACAGAGUGUUGUUUUGAUAAACACUUUUUCAGUUCAAAUGUAUUCUUUUGUAAAAGCAGUGUUUUGUUUUGUUUUUUUCUUUAUAAGCUAUAUUCAAAAUAUGAUCUGCCUGUGAAGGUUACUUAUUAACUUAUUUUCCAGAGAUAUUUUGCUGGACAUCAUAAAUAUUUUUGAGUCCCGAGUCUCUUGAUGUUAGAAGUAAAAAAUGUUGUCAUUAUGUCUCAUGGGGACUCUGCUGAUGAUCGUUUGUUUGCUAUAACAGCCCAGUUUACAAAAUGUCACAUGAUGAAUGUAUAGAAUAGGUCAUUUCCAAAUCGGAACAUGUAUUUUUGUGCAAAUGACAUCAUUUCAGGGUUUCGAAAAAUAUUAAGAAAACGUGUUGACGCAAGGAGACACUUUGUUGCAUAUGACGCCUCCAUUGUUAUUUUACUUUUAAGUCUAGCACCAUAGUCGCUGCAUUGUUUUAUAAAAGGAGAAAAAAAAAGAAUCUGCCAUUUUGCAUGUUCGGAGGAUUAAUUUGUGUUUUUCGAUGUAUUAAAUUGCCUUUUCUUACAUUUUUCAAAUUGUUUGCCUGUUGACUCAUCUCUGUUAAAUGUGCUGAUACAUUGCUACCCCCAAAAGUAUCAGAAGAUGAGAGCGUGGAUUAAAAAUAAGCCCCCUUUCUACAGCUAUGUAUCUAUAAUAAACGAGACAAAAAUGG